ACAGGAAGUGCUGGUGCGAGAAAGGCGGAUCCCUUUCUGCUAACUUGCCUUUUACUCCCCCCGAUUUAAUUUCAGCCCUUUUCCUUCCGUAUUUUGUCGCCGUCUGAUAAAAUCCGAAAGCCCGUCCCUCUCAUUUUGGGCUAUUUUUAUAAAUCCGGUGGCUUGAUUUGACCUUCUUUCCGUGACAACAGGAAGACUUUCUCCCUUUCUUUGGUAACAUCACUUUUUAGUAGGAUGGAUAAGACGGACACAGAAUUGAUUUGGGCGCUGCAAACCGGCGACAUGGAUGUAGUUGAAACCAAAAUGCAGACGAAAGAUGUCAACGAGAGUCUUUCCAGUGGCAGCAAGCCCAUCCAUCACGCUUGCGACUACGGCCAGACGUGUGUGUUGGAGUUCCUCAUCUCCAAAGGAGCAGACAUCAACGCGCCUGACAAACAUGGCUUUACUCCACUGUUAAUCGCCACUUUCGAAGAGCACUGCAACAUUGUCAAGGUCCUGCUUGAAAAGGGCGCCGACAAGGAUUGGAAGGGUCCGGACGGCAAGACUGCCUCGGAGGUGACCGAAAACGACGACAUCAAGGCAAUGCUCAAGUGAUUCGGGGCGGGGGGCGCCGCAGGGAGGCGUCGCUGGGGGAACGAGCAUAACCGGACGAGAUGCGGCACGGAACCAGGUGGUCUUCCUCCUUAUUGCUUCUCUCUUAGCUCCGGAGGGCUCACCUUACCUGUUUAAGUGGUUUUCUUCUUCGCCCAAUUCUCCGAGAAGUGGUUUCCUCUUUAUAUUUGUUUUUUUCUUUUCUUUUUUGGUUAAACGCCAUUUCACGGGCACACCGGAGGAGGGUUCUCACUCCAGUCGCUUCAAUAAAACACCAAGCUUAUGAGCACUUAAGUCGCUCUUGAACGUAAUGCUGUUGUUCCCUCUGUAAACUGAAUUGUACAAAGUAGUGUUUGGGCCACGCUGGACAGAAAUACUAUAAAUAUGAGAACUAAUCCCUGGUUUUAGAUAAGUUUUUUUUUUUUUUUUUUUUUUUAAGACGAACAGUAACAUGGUUAACUUUGAAAAUUGAAUCUUGGAAAAAUUUUACAUGUAUUCCUGCCCAAUUAAACAAUACCUUUUUUGUUUAGCCUUUUUCCUCCUAAAAAAUAUGCCUUAAUGCUUGGGGAAAAAAAAUAGAAAGCUUUUGUCCAUCUUCUCCCUCCCUGAAAGAAAAUGCUUCCUUGAAAUUGACAGUAUUCCUCUUUUUAAAAAAAAAUCUGAAAAGUAGGACCUUAUUCUCCAGGGUUUUGUUUUCUUUUUUGAGGUGGCGCCACGAGUUCUUUGUAGAAUUACUGCACUGUACAAAUGUCAACUAAGAUUUUUUUUUUGAUGAUGCCCCGUCCCCAAAUGGUUCCUUUUUGUAUUACUUACAUAUCAAAUAAUUCUUCCUGCGUCCGUUGACCAAUCACUAUGCUGGCUAUCAACUAGAAGCAUUUGAAUGUUUUUGGGGGGGAGAAAGACAGUCACACUAACAGAAAACUAAAAAACUCGACUGUGUUUUUCGAAUGUCUGUUUUGCGGCUUAGAUAGUGCCCCCCCCCUCUCAAAUAUUGGCCAUUUUUCUUUCCCCCUCCUUGGGUUUGCUUUGGCUGCAUGUCAAGUCUGCUUGGGCGCCAUUGUCGCUCGCUCUCUCGGUGGCUUUCAAAUGAAGAAUUGCUAAAAUGUUCCAAAAAUAACAAAACACUCUCGUUGACUUUGUUGUGACAAAAAGUCUGUAAAAACAAGAAUAAAAAUGUUCAUAAAGGUUCA